AUGACUGUUGUUGUCGUCGCCGGCGGCCUUGGCGACCUAGGCCGUCUCAUCACGGGAGCCCUUUAUGAGACUGGCAAGUAUGAAGUUUAUACUAUGUCAAGGAAGGCUGCGCACGACAGCUCCCGCCGCGUAUCGCCGUUGACAGGCAAAAGCUACAACCCUAACAUUCAGACCGACUACUCGGAAGAUUCAUUGACUAAGGAAUUGAUAGAAAAACAUUGCCCCAGCGUUGAGCGCUUCAUACCUUCUGAGUUCAAUGUUGAAUAUGAUGUUGGUGAUAAUAUCCUACCUUACCCGGAGAAAAGAUUUCACCUAUACGCUCGACAGGAGCUGCAGAAAACAAGCACGCUCAAGUAUACAUACAUCUAUCCGGGUAUGUUGAUGGACUAUUUUGGGAUGCCGCGCGUGAAAAGCAGCCUGCGUCCGCUGUGCUUCUUCAUCGACCCUGCAAACGGACAUGCGGUGCUGCCUGGAGACGGGGAGGCCAAAAUGAGCAUGACGUUCACCACAGAUGUUGCGCGGUAUGUAGCGCUCGCGCUCGAGUUGGACGAGUGGCCACGAAUUCUCGCUGUGGCAGCCAGCACGGUCUCGUUGAACGAGCUUGUCAGGCUCGUGGAGAAGAACCUGGGUCGUAAGCUGGAAGUGCGCUAUCAGCCAGUGGAGAAACUACUCAAGCAUGAGCCGGUGGAUCUUUUGACGAACCUCGACAUUGCGAAAGAAUACCCGGAACGGUUUCCUCUGGGAGUUAAUCAAUUGCGAGGACUAAUCGCCGAUCUCGAAGCAGGUGUUGCUCUUGGUGCUUUUGAUCUCGGGAAGUUGGAGGGACAUCUCGAUCUGGUCGUGGCCUUUGAAGGAAAGACCCAGGCGCCGAUGCGCAUCGAGGAGUUGCUAGAGGAGGCAUGGAAGAUAUAAUCUAGUGUAUAAAGGGUAUGCGGGAUGUUUCGCUCGCGUAGGUUUCAGUGC